AUGUCAUCCAAAAUGCCAUACAAAGUUUUAUGUGUGUGCUUAGGAAAUAUUUGUCGCUCACCCACAGCAGAGGUGGUUUUACGACACUAUUGUGAUGAAAAACGAUUAAAUGUAGUUGUGGAUUCAGCUGGAACGAGCAAUUAUCAUCCAAAUAAAUCACCUGAUAGUCGCAGUCAAAAACAUGCAAUAAAAAGAGGCUAUGAUCUUUCUGGGUUACGUGCUAGACAAUUAAAAAUACAAGACUUUUUAGAGUUUGAUUUGAUUCUUGCCAUGGAUCAUCAGAAUUUUGCGGAUAUACAGCAUGUGUAUAACCAAGCCAGUAGUCAAUUUGGUCUUGCUCAAAUCAAAGCUAAAAUUGCUUUAAUGAGUGAGCAUGAUCACGUUUAUCCACAACAGGCGCUUCCAGAUCCUUAUUACGGUGAAGCUGAUGGAUUUGAACGUGUACUUGAUCAGUGUGAAUCGAGUAGUUUGGCUUGGGUUCAGCUCAAACCCUUUAAUACAUUGAGUUUGAACUCGAUUGCAUCACAUUAUGUCAAAAUACAAUCUAUCGUAGAUCUUCAACAAGCGUUGCAGUUUUCUAAAGCACACGAUUUAAACGUUUUACUGCUUUCAGGGGGCAGCAAUAUGAUGCUGCCUGAGCAUAUUCAUGCGCUUGUAGUUGCUAUAGAUAUACAAGAUGCCGAAAGUAAAACAAUCAAAGUGGGUGCAGGGCAAGUUUGGCAUGACUUUGUAUUGUGGACGACAACGCAACAACUUUAUGGUUUACAGAACUUGGCUUUGAUUCCGGGCUUAGUCGGCGCAUCGCCUGUGCAAAAUAUUGGCGCGUAUGGUGUUGAAGUCGGUGAAUUUAUUCAAUCUGUAGAAGUCUACGAUCGUCAAUCAGCACUGACACUUUCAAUUCAAGCGCAAGAUUGCCAGUUUUCUUAUCGACACAGUAUUUUUAAAGAUGACCCAGAUCGUUAUGUGAUUACCCAUGUGAUUUUUAAAUUACUUAAACAUGCUGAUUUAAAAGUAAAUUAUGGGGAUUUAAAAGAUGCAAUGAUGGAUGAUAUGAGUGCUGAAAACUUACAAAAGCAAGUGAUUCAUAUUCGACAAAGUAAACUUCCAGACCCAAAAGAAUAUCCAAACGUGGGAAGUUUCUUUAAAAAUCCGAUUAUUAAGCAACAAGAGUUUUCACAAUUAAUUGCAAAAUUCCCUAAUAUUCCACAUUAUCCUCAAGCAGGGAAUCACGUUAAAAUUGCAGCGGGUUGGUUGAUUGAUCAAUCAGGUUGGAAAGGUAAACAGCUUAAUCAGGUGGGAAUGUUUCAUAAACAAGCUUUGGUAUUGGUGAAUUAUGCUGAUGCAACACUGACAGAUGUACGCGCAACGUAUCAGGCAGUACAAAAAGAUGUUUUUGAGAAGUUUGGUGUGUACUUAGAACCUGAACCUGUGCUUUAUAAUGAAUUAGGGUUAAUCGAAAACCAUUAA